AUGAAGACUAUUUUACUUUCAUUCGCCGUACUAGCGGUCUAUGCUCUCAAUAUAUCUGCACUUCCGGCUCACGUCAAAUCUCAUCCUAUCAAAUAUCAUCCUACUAAACCUCCUAUUGAUGAUGAAAGUGGUGGCA